CAUCUUUCCAAGAUGUCGUCUCGCAUUUACCCGCUGUACGUGAAAGGCAAUCCUCAGCUGCGGGUCUUCCUGCCAAACUUCUGGAUGAAGCUGGUGAAGCAUGACAAGCCCCUCCCUCCUAAUGAGGUCAAGUUCAUGAUAUCCCUCCAGAUGACAAAGUAUGACGUCAAAAACUACCUGGAGAAGAUCUACAAUGUGCCUGUGGCAGACGUCAGGACCGCCAUAGUACAAGGCAAGAUAAGGAAAGCAGAGGGAAAGGGAUACCUAGUCAAAGAUGAUGACUAUCGAGUUGCAUUUGUAACACUGCCUAAGGGCGAGACGUUCACCUUCCCGGAUCUCUUCAGCAAACCGGCGACUGUUGAAAAGGAGAAGGCCAUCACAAAGCAAAUGGAACAGGCUGAAAAGCUGCAGAAGGUGCACAUCCGCAAGGACCCGCACAGGCAGGGCCUGCCCAACUGGUUUGGCCUCUGACGGGGGACUCUUGUUUCGACUGUUGCAGCGCUGAGCGGUUGAGUUGUACUAUAGAAGAUUUUAGAAUACAUUUUGUUUGUUGAAACUUGUCCA